AUGGUAGAUCGGUUGGUAACUUGUGGGUCGCUCGACCCCCCCUUCACCAGCCUUCACCACACCUUCGAAGCCGCGAGAAGCCCAGGGUUAUUAAUCCCACGUUCUUCAAUUGUCUCCCUCCCAUCUCGCAUUUACCUCCAUCUCAAAAUCUCCCACCCUGGUUUCCGACUAACAGGCAACCCGCUUGACGCGAUGGACUUCCCCAACUUUGUUUCGUCGGUGUUCCAAGAUGAAUGCGGCCAAUACCAGCGCGAUGACGCUGACUCGUGCAUCAAAUGGUUCGACUUCCUCCUUGAGCUUGAGCUUGAGGCUGUUGGCAUGCUCCUUGGCAGGGUGCCUGAUUCCGCGAGUUCCAUCUUCUCAGUGGAUCUUAUACCCAGUCGUCCAGAUCCUUGCCCAUCUUUCACCGCUCAACUUUCUACUGGAGACGUUGUCGAUACAAGGCUCUGCACCCUUUUAGAAGUGCAUCGCACACUCGAGGAACUGACGUUAUGCUACGUCCUCCUCGCUCCGCCUCUCCCAAUUUUGCUCUACAUCGCCCACACCCCGAUCUCGCGACAACCUCCUGGCCGCACUCGUUUGUCUCUCGUCUCCAGUGUUGACCGUGACCAUGCUGACCAGACUCCGAUCGCGACCUCGUUCCGUGAGCAAGGUGCAAUAAGCUCCUAUACAUAA